AUGUCUCAAAGUUCAGGAAAGGAUGACUCUGUCAAGGCAAAGAUUGAAAGAACUGCUAAAGGAGUAAAAUGCAAGGGUUUGAAGAGUGGUUCUUCCCAACCUUCUACUGUGUCAAAGAAAGCUCCUAGGAAGACAAAGACAAGAUACCCAGCAAGAAAGACCUACAUGUCCAAGGUUCAAAACAAAGAACCCACCAAUGUUCCUCUUUGUGAGGAUGUUACUGAUGAAGAGGAAAUCGAUGCUGAAGACUCUCCUGUGAAAUCGCCUCCUGAUGUUGUGCCUGAUGUUGAGACAUCUGGGUCUAAGGAGAUUUCUGCCAAAGAAAAUUCUGGAAAUGAUUACACCUCUCAUGAAGAUUCAGAACCAACCCAGGCUCCAACCCCUGUUCAAGACAUCUCUGAUGAUGUUUCUGAUGAUGAGCCCCUGGUUAAAUCCAUUCCUGAUAGCAUUGCUACCAGAAUGAAAAGAAAAAGAAGGGUCUCUACUCCAGAAGUCACUCCUACUCCACCAAAGAGAUCCAAGUCAUCUCCUGUAACCUACAAAUCUAGACAAGCGAGUGUGAAGAAUAAGGGAAAGCAAAAGGCUGUCAAGACUCCGAGUGAGAAGAAGAAAAGAAAGAUUCCAGUUGAUGUUAAAGAAUCCGAGUCAGAUGCUGAAACCGAUGUCCAGGAAAUUCGACCCUAUGAGAGUGUUCAGAAGUGGAAGUUUGUUAGCAAGAGGAGAAUGUCCAAGGAAAGGGAAGUUGGUUCUGAUGCUCUUGAAUGUAAGGAUGUUAUUGCUCUUAUUGAGAAGGCUGGUCUGAUGAAGACAUUCAGAAUGUUGGAAGCACUUGGAAGAAGUGUUAUUGAAUUUGCUGAUGAGGAAGUCUCCAUGGAUGAUGUUGCCAAGGAACUUACUGCUGGUUAUGUGAAGAAGUUGUUGUCCACUAGGAAUCUUACUGUGAAGUAUGCAAUCCUUAACAGGAUUGGUGCUCUCCAAGAAGAAGAACGUCAAAGUGGUGAGCAAAGUGCUGCUCCUACAGCUGCUCAGGAUGAGAGUCAGGAAGAGGAGGAAGGAUCUGCAGAGAGUGCAGAAGCGUCCGGAGCGGCGUCCAGUUCUGAAGACUAG